AUGGAAAGCAUAUUGGCAUAGAAAGUAAAAGCUGGAUACCUCAGAACAAUAUAUAAAUACCUAAUGUAUGUGAUUGAAUUUCAUAGCUAGCAACAACCCAUCAACAGAAUAAUAUUACUGCUCCACUUGUGCUUCUCCUAUUUGAAAAUGCCUAGAGAUCCUCUGGUUGUUGGACGUGUGGUAGGGGAUGUUUUGGAUCCCUUCACAAGGUCUAUUUCUCUUCAUGUCACUUACAAUAACAGAGAUCAUGUCAACAAUGGCUGUGAGCUCAAACCCUCUCAAGUUGUCAACCAACCUAGGGUUGAUGUAGGUGGAGAUGAUUUAAGGAUCUUCUACACUUUGGUCAUGGUGGACCCUGACGCUCCUAGCCCCAGUGACCCUACUCUCAGAGAAUACUUGCAUUGGUUGGUGACCGAUAUUCCAGCAACUACAGGAGCAGGCUUUGGGCAGGAGGUUGUGUGCUAUGAGAGUCCACGGCCGUCGGUGGGGAUUCAUCGGUUUGUUUUUGUAUUAUUCCGGCAACUAGGGAGGCAGACUGUGUAUGCACCUGGGUGGCGUCAGAAUUUUAACACUAGGGACUUUGCUGAGCUUUACAAUCUUGGAUUGCCGGUGGCCGCUGUUUACUUUAACUGCCAGAGGGAGAGUGGCUCCGGGGGAAGAAGGCGAGGACAAUAAUUAUAAUUAAUUUAAUUAUAAUGGCCUGCAUGUCUCCAAUCAAUGUAUUUUCCACUAAAAGAUCUUUCUACCAUUUGACCCCAUAUGUGCCAUGAAAAAGGAAGGGAAAGGGAAAAUAAAUAAAGAAACAAAGUAAUAAUAAAGAAGGGAAGAUUACAAGCGGGCGAGUUAUAUAUGCUCUGUAUCUCCAACUAGCUACAUAUAGCUGGAUUCCUAAUGGCUCGAAUAGGUGUAAUAUAUCUAGCUAUAUUAACAUAUAUACAAAUAAAUUUAAAAGAUAUACAAGUAUAAUUAUGCA